UCGACCACCGCUACCGAACGGCCCCUUUGGCUACAUUUCGUGGACUCCAUACCCAAACAGUACGCAAACAAACCGCCCGUCAAUACGGGUGUUGAGCCGGACGUCAAGACUUUAUCGCAGUGCGACAUCCGUGGGCUCACACCGGAACCGGUGGCACCCAAUCCACUACACGACUGGGCCCUACAGGAGUCCGCCAAACAGCUCACCGAAGCAUACGGCCGACCCAUGAAAGACAACAUCGAUAUCACCGGCUUUUAUACCCAUUGCCUCACAACCACCGAUCGGGAGCUUUGGUAUGCCAUCAAUUACUGGGGUAUCUUUGCCUUCACUUUUGACGACUACUUGGAUGUGCUGGCAAAACAGGGUGCAGAUAGUGUCCGAGAGCUCAGUGAAUGGCAGAUGAAGUAUAUGAUGGGCACCAGUGGUGGGGACAACCCGUUUGAUAGAAUGGGCGUUAAAGCGUUGUCUCUAUUGAGGCACUAUAUGAGCCCCGAUCAGUACGUACGGCACGUGAGUUUCUGUGUCGGUUGGAUUGGCACCUAUAUCACCAAACAUAAGGACAGGCCGUUGACUCACGAGGAGUUCUGGUCGCUCAGGGAACGGGAUAACGGCGGCGACUUUGUGUGGCAAUUGGCAGAACUGUCGGUCGGCAUCGACCCCAUUGAGUGGGGGCUGACCGACGACCCCCUGUGGCUGUCCUUUAAUAAGACGGCCUCUAAACACGCGAUACUUGUCAAUGAUAUCUAUUCCGUGUCCUCAGAGGUCAGCGAAGAGGAGGGAGAGUACAGCUAUCAGUACGUACUGAUGGCUAACGAGGGCUAUACUGCUCAACAGGCUGUCGAUCAGGCGGUGGCAGAAGUGCAUGGUUUGUGGGAAAUGGCUCUUCAUUACGCCGAACGACUCUAUGAGUAUAAGCUGCCGGUGCUGGACAGGUAUGUGGACGAAGUGUUGCACGGGUGUCGGGGCAAUUUGUACUGGUCCACUGUAUGUCCCAGAUACUUUCAAAACGGACAUUAUUUGGACGUCGACACAACUAUUGACGUGAUGUUCAGACUAAUCAAUAAAAGUUUGAGUCAAUCGUCGACUAAACACUCAUUUCUGCGACAACUCGCGAGAUGUGAAUCACAUUUGGCUCAAAAACCAGCCAUUUAUACGCCGAAGACGUCGGAACCGCUGGAAAACCUUCGCCGCAAUGAACGCAUACUUUUCGACAAGACUUACCACAAGAUUCUCAACCAAUUGUCAUCUAAUCCUACGUUUGAUGGACACUAUAACUCAAACGAGUUAUCGGUGGCCAAUGAGUGGUUCCGACGAGUGAUUGACUAUAAUGUGCCAAAAGGUAAACGAAAUCGUGGGCUAAUGGCUGUUAUUAGCUAUCACUUGAUGGCCACCGAUGACCAGAAGUCACCGCAAAUGCUGGACAGUGUCCGAGCCCUGGGAUGGGCUCUGGAGCUAUUUCAGGCAUACUUUCUCAUUCUGGACGAUAUUAUGGAUGAGUCUAUCACUAGAAGAGGUCAAAAGUGUUGGUACCGACAGGAAGGCGUGGGUCUGAUAGCUUGUAACGACGCGACUCUCAUUGAGUCCGGUAUUUAUCAUUUGGUGAAACUUCACUUCAAAAACAAACCUUAUUAUAUGGAUAUCGUUGAACUCAUUCAAGAGGUUUUCCGUAAGACAGCGUACGGCCAGUGUUUGGAUAUGCUAUCAAAUCCUGGGAAUAGGAGGCCUGAUUUAAAUGACUAUACUUUUGAUAAGUACUCAGCGAUUGUCAAAUAUAAGACCUCCUACUAUACGUGUGUAAUGCCUGUCCGAUUGGCGAUGUAUUUAUCGGAUUAUAAUUCAGCGAAAGAUCACCAAUUAGUGGAGCAAAUACUGCUAAGAAUGGGCCACUUAUUCCAGGCCAGGGAUGACUACUUAGACUGUUUUGGCGACUCGUUUAUCACCGGAAAGAUAGGCACCGAUAUAGAGGACGGGAAGUGCUGUUGGCCUAUCGUAACGGCGCUGGAGUACUGCUCCCAAACCCAGCGCCAGGUAUUGCAAACACAUUACGGAAGUAAGGACUACGAGUCCGUCAAACAGAUCCGACAGAUCUACGAGGACUUGGGUUUGGAUAAUAUGUUCAACACAUACGAGAACCACGUUUUCAAUGAGAUCUUAGAAAUGAUCGAUAAAUAUAAGUACGAAAUGGAUGUCCCGAUCGCUAUAUUUGAUGAGCCAUUGGCUCAGAUUUAUAACCGAAAUAAGUAA